AACACGUUCUGUCCGGCAAAGUUAGCAUUAGCAAUGCGGCUAUCUGCCGGUAGGAUAACGUCGCAGCAUCAGCAUCUUUAGUUUUUAAUGACAAAACAUUGGACACGCCGUUUAGUUUUUCUCGGCAAGGGUACGGAAAGCAACCUCAUAGACAGCAGAUAAAGAUGAGUCGCUGCUCCUUGGACAACAACAACUUUCCUUACGACAACAACGUCCUGGUUCUGGAUAUGGUUCUGGGCUCCCUUUGGGGACUGUCCCAGCCCGUAGACUGGGACAGUGUUGCCAAGCUAGUUCCAGGCUUCACUCCCAAGGAGUGUGCUCUUCGCUUUGAGGAACUGAAAAGCUCCGGAGGUCUUCCUCAUCUGGACAACCAGUGUAACUCAGUGAUGGCAGGAGUGGGCGGAGAUGGCUCGGUUGCCAUGUUGGACACUGGUGAGGCGGUGGAGACAGGAAGUAAACGUACAGGCGGCAAAUCGUCACCGUCAGAAAGUGUUUGUUCUCUGGAGAAGAAAGACAAAACGUUAGCGGAGGAUUCUGACAAAGUUCACAAACUUCGAGAUCUUAACAUGGUCAUCCACGUGUGCGACGAGACCAAGAACCUGAAGCAGGACUUCACAUGUCCCAGAGACCUUCUGGUCAAAGAGAUGCGCUACUUUGCUGAGUAUUUAUCCGUGGACUCGCAGAGAUGGGAGGAAGUGGACAUCUCUGUUCACUGUGAUGUUCAGAUCUUCGACUGGCUCAUGAACUACGUCAGAAGGAACUCUUCCAAGGACAAACCAAGGCUCGAGCCCAGCAAUGUCAUCUCAAUCCUGAUCUCCUCCGAGUUUUUGAAGAUGGACAUGUUAGUGGAUGAGUGUGUCCAGUACUGUCACAAACACAUGAGCGCCAUCGUGGCCACACCCUGCAACAUGAACUGCAUCAACAGUAACCUGGCCUCGCGCAUCGCGAAGCUCUUCAACCACAACGAGGCAGACGACAUCAGGGACAAAAAAGACAAGUUUAAGAGCAAACUGUUUCAGAAGAAGAUCGAACGUCUCUUCGACCCGGACUAUCAGAACCGAGAUUCACCGAGAAACGCCUCAACUCUUUACAGGUGUGGUCUGUGCUUGAAGAUGCUGACGGAAGACACCCAGAGGAGGAUUCCUUGUGUUUCAGGAAAGAUCAACAUUGAUUCUCAUGGCGAGAUUGUGUAUACACACUCAAGACAGAAGAACUGGGACGUCAAUGAAUACAUCAGCGGUCUCUAUGAAGAGCUCAAAUCCUGGGUCCUGGUCUACUGGAGAAUCUGGGGAACCAUCAACUGUCUUACCUGCUCGCGUUGCCAACAGGAGUUUGUGUGUGCAGAGUUGACCCAUUGCCGCUACCACCCAGAAAGUGUGAUGUACCCCAGCACGGGGUCCGAAAAAAGCUGGCACGGGGCGGGCGUCUACCCGUGCUGCAACCAGACCGUGCUCCGCUUUGACCCCACGGGUGUGGUAAAGGGUUGUAAGGUGCGAGACCACAUUGUGAACGUACCCAACGAGGAGGACUGCGACGACCUCACCGCCGCCCAUACCCGAGUCCUCAAUGACCUGUUGCUGCACCGUGAUGCCGUGUGUGUGGCUAAGUCGCCGCCUGCCGAUGGAGUUGAAGAGUGCCCUACCAGCGUAGAGAAGGAUUGUGAUGUCCUCUUGGAGCCAACAUUCCUCAGACCCCCCAGAGGAGAGGGCAACACUUUUUCUCUUUUGAAGAACUGGAGUCUUCAACUGAGGCAGCAGUCCCUCCUGUCGGAAGAUGAGGAGUACACCACAGGGUCAGAGGUGACGGAGGAUGAGGUGGGUGAUGAAGAGGAGUUGUCCAGGAAACAAGCUGCCAAGAAAGCCAAAAAGAACAGCAGAACUCUUAAAAAGCAAAUGUCCUCGCCGAACCUCCAGCGAAAAGUCAAGCCAGAAAAACCGCUGUCCAAAGACAACACUCCUUUCACGGUGAGCGUUCAGAAGAGCAAGUGGGACAGUACCCGAUCCAUGCGCUACAACCAGGACGCUCAGAGAGAAGAAGACCAGCGUCGGAUGGCUGAGAUCAUCGGCUACCUCGCCAACAUGCGCUUCGGGGACCAGGACACCAACAAAUCCAAGGACACAAAACAGCCAGCAGGAGGAAUCUACUCCAGGUUGGAGGUGCAGCUCAAGACGGCCUCUCAGAGCAGACAAGCUUCAGACAAAACACCAAGACCUAAAAUCCGCUAUGCCCAGAUCCGGACCACCUAGAGCGGCCGGGUCCCGGACGUUGGAGAUGGGUGUACAGUCGGCUAGUAAAGUGCAUCCCCAUGUAGCCCCCCCCCCCCCCCGACCCUGGCUCCAAGCGGUCAAGUCAGGUGGGCGUGUCGCUGAUGACGACGCUGUUUGUGCAGCUGCGCUCGGGCCUUGAAAAACAAGGAGCCGCUUGGACUGGACUCAACUGCUAAGGAAGAGCUCUUUGCCGGACGGCCUUCUCAAGUGGUUCUGAAGGAUUUAGAUUUGGACCUCGGACAAGUGGGAGGAGGGAGGGGACGGCUUCCACAAAAGGACCACAUGAGACCGUCUGGCAUGGUCUUCUCUGUUUCAAAGUCAACACUUACUCUGUGACUUUGGGGGUACCCGUGUGGAUAGGAAGCCGUGAGUCCAUUCAUUGGUCGUUGUGGAGAUACUUAUUGGAAGUGUACAUUGCAUAUAUAUAUAUAUAUAUAAUAUAUAUACUAUAUCACACCUGACUAUGACAAAUAAAUGGAAUAUUUUAGUAGUUAGAUGAUAGAAAACAUGUUAAAAAAGAAGGAAAUAACCCACCUUUCCACUCCUAUUAUUCACUGUGUACAUACAACACAUUAUGUUGCAGGGACGUGAGACGCGUGAGCUAACCAGUUAGCCUCAAAUGUAACUCUAAGAAGCCAAAAACAUACCACUUCCACACGGAAUGGGAGAACUUUCUCUGACUCUUUCAUGUGGGACAUGCAAUGGCUGUCUUCAUGCAGUGUUAAGGAAUUAAGGUGAUGUAAAGUAAUGUUUGUGGGCGGCACGGCAGUCUAGUGGUUAGCACGCAGACCCUUACAGCUCGGAAACCAGGGUUCAAUUCCACCCUCGGGCAUCUCUGUGUGGAGUUUGCAUGUUCUCCCCGUGCAUGCGUGGGUUUUCUCCGGGUACUCCGGUUUCCUCCCACAUUCCAAAAACAUGCUAGGUUAAUUAGCGACUCCAAAUUGUCCAUAGGUAUGAAUGUGAGUGUGAAUGGUUGUUUGUCUAUAUGUGCCCUGUGAUUGGCUGGCUACCAGUCCAGGGUGUACCCCGCCUCUCGACUACUGGGAUAGGCUCCAGCACCCCCACGACAGUAUCACUCGAAUACUAUGAACAUCCAGCAGCAACACAACAUUUUGGCAUGACUACUAUUUUGAUGAAAAAUAUACUGAACCAGGGUUGCACAGUGGACGGGUGGUUAGCACACAGACUUCACAGCUAGGAGACCCAAGUUCAAUUCCAUUCUCGGCCAUCUCUGUGUGGAGUUUGCAUGUUCUCCCCGUGCAUGCGUGGGUUUUCUCCGGGUACUCCGGUUUCCUCCCACAUUCCAAAAACAUGCUAGGUUAAUUAGCGACUCCAAAUUGUCCAUAGGUAUGAAUGUGAGUGUGAAUGGUUGUUUGUCUAUAUGUGCCCUGUGAUUGGCUGGCGACCAGUCCAGGGUGUACCCCGCCUCUCGCCCGAAGACAGCUGGGAUAGGCUCCAGCACCCCCGUGACCCUCGUGAGGAAGCGGUAGAAAAUGAAUGAAUGAGUAAUGUUAGUUUUGUGUCAUUACUGCCACCUGGUGACCAGAAUAAUAAUAAUAGACCAAUAGAUCAAUUAUGAAUUCAUUUCUGACAAAACGCCCACAUAGCAAGGCAGUAAUAAUCAAACCACAAUACUUUUUGCCCUGUCAUCAUCAAUCUAGUUUUGACUUUGAUGAAAACCUACGAAAUCUACUUAAGAAAAUGUGUAAAGCAACGACAAAGUUGUAAAAUUCUCAAAUUUAAUCGGUUCAAAAAGUUCACAACAAAUGUAACACCUUGAGUUGAGGGCUAUUUGCCAUUAGAGACUGGGUACUUAAUUAUUGGGAUGUAUACAUUCUUCAGCCUAAUUCAAAUAUUUGCCGUAUGGAUUUAUUUGCACAGAACCCCCCAAAAAAAUGCAAAUGAAAAGUAGUAAAAUUCAUAGAAAAUGAAAUGUAAACGCUUGCGUUGUUGUUGUUGUCGUUUUGCUCCGCGGGUAGCGUCUUGAAGCACUACUGCAUGGUAAACCAUCUCGAUGAGUACACUUCAACAUGUUGAAAGUUAGGAAGAUGCAAGCAAAAAAAAAAAAAAACCUAUAAAUACCUCUGCCCGCCUCCUUUAAACGUCCCGUCAAUGGAGGCUCACACAUGAGCAACAAUCCUCUUAGAGGAAAACAAAAGCCUGAUGUCGACUAGGCGACAGUAUACACACACACACACACACACACACACACACACACACACAC